GUUCUUCUUUACAAUCUGGAAACAAGUCAGUGUCUGAAGAAGAUGGGCAACUCCAUGGGUGAUUUUACAUGCGUCAACCUCCGGAACAGUCCUCCAAACAUGCUUGUUACAGGCAACAAAGACAGAAGGGUCAGGGUAUUCGAUCUCCGCAAAAGCGACUCUCUGUGCUCCCUCUAUGCCCACCAGUUGGGAGUGUCUGCGGUCCAGAUGGACGACUGGAAGAUCGUCAGCGGAGGAGAGGAGGGCUUGGUCUGUGUGUGGGACCAGCGGAUGGGCACCAAGCUCUGGGAAAUGCACCACAGACACCCAGUCCGCCACGUAUGGUUUAAUUCUCACAGCCUCAUCACUGCCAACAUCCCCGAUGAGAAAACUCCCCGAGGUGCCAGCAUCACGGACGAUGACCUUACCGUGCACCGCAAGCAUCGGGGAGUCAUUUACGCCUACGAGUUCUCAGUGGACCAGCUGGCUGUCGAAAGCGUUCUUCCUAUUGAACGCUCUUCCUACGAUGAAGUGACUGGUUACAACUACAACAUCGGCCUCGCGGUUCCCUACGAUAACAUUUAG